ACUUCCUCCUUCUUCACUCUGAAGCUGGGAGCAGGCCUGCUGAGCUCUUGGGAGAGACAGGAGCAGAUGCCUGAUGCCUUAGCCCACCUGUGACCCCAGGUGGGGUGGUGAGGGUGCGGGCUGGAGGCCUCUCUCUGCCUCAGGGGACCCUGGAGGCCUGCAGGAUGGAGGGGGCGAGUAAGGAGAAGCUGGCAUCUGUGUCCGAUCUGGUGACUGUAUUUGAGAACAGCAGGGCACCAGGAGCAGCGCCCGGGGCCCACCAUGCCGGGUGCAGGUCUCCCCCACCCGAGGGCCCGGGGGAGAAGCCCAGCGCCGGGGAGGCCCUGGAGUCCGGGCCCAGGACGGUCAGCAGGAGGUACCUGAGCUCCCUGAAGAACAAGCUGUCCAGUGGGGCCUGGAGGAAAUCUUGCCAGCUCAGCAGCUGCCCCGAGCCAGGGACACAGGAGCCCGAGAAGAGGAUCGUUCAGGAGCUGCUGGAGACCGAGCAGGCCUACGUGGCCCGUCUGCACCUGCUGGACCAGGUCUUCUUCCAGGAGCUGCUGGAGGAGGCCCGUAGCAGCAAGGCCUUCCCCGAGGACGUGGUCCGGCUCAUCUUCUCCAACAUCUCCUCCAUCUACCAGUUCCACGCGCAGUUCUUCCUCCCAGAGCUCCAGCGGCGGCUGGAUGACUGGUCAGCCACCCCCCGCAUCGGGGAUGUGAUCCAGAAACUGGCCCCCUUCCUGAAGAUGUACAGUGAGUAUGUCAAGAACUUUGAGCGAGCCGCGGAGCUGCUGGCCACCUGGACUGACAAGUCUCCCCGCUUCCAGGAGAUUCUCACUCGAAUUCAGAGCAGGGAGGCCUCGGGCAGCCUGAGCCUGCAGCACCACAUGCUGGAACCUGUGCAGAGAGUCCCACGCUACGAGCUGCUGCUCAAGGAGUACGUCCAGAAGCUGCCAGCCCAGGCCCCGGACCGGGCUGAUGCCCAGAAAGCCCUCGACUUGAUCUUCUCAGCCGCACAACACUCCAACGCAGCCAUCAAGGAGAUGGAGCGGCUGCAGGACCUGUGGGAAGUGUACCAGCGCCUGGGCCUGGAGGACGACAUCGUGGACCCCUCCAACGCCCUGCUCCGCGAGGGCCCCGUGCUCAAGAUCUCCUUCCGCCGCAGGGACCCCACGGAGCGCUACCUUUUCCUGUUCAACAACAUGCUGCUCUACUGCGUGCCCAGGGUCAUCCAGGUGGGCGCCCACUUCCAGGUGCGGGAGCUGAGUGACACCGAGUUCCCGCACUCCUUCCUGGUGUCCGGGAAGCAGCGCACCCUGCAGCUGCAGGCCAGGUCCCAGGAGGAAAUGAUUUCUUGGAUGCAGGCCUGCCAAGCAGCUAUUGACCAAAUCGAGAAGCGGAAUGAAACCUUCAAGGCUGCGGCGCAGGGCCCCGAGGGAGCCGCCCAGGGCCAGGAGCUGCAGUCGGAGGAGCUGGGCCUGCGGGCGCCACAGUGGGUCCGGGACAACAUGGUGACCAUGUGCAUGCGCUGCCAGGAGCCCUUCAACGCCCUGACGCGCCGCCGCCACCACUGCCGGGCUUGCGGCUACGUGGUGUGCGCCAGGUGCUCCGACUACCGGGCUGAGCUCAAAUAUGACGCCAACAGGCCCAACCGCGUCUGCCUCCACUGCUACACUUUCCUCACCGGCCACGUGCUCCCUGAGGACAAGGAGGACAAGAGGAGGGGCAUCCUGGAGAAGGGGUCCACGGCGGGGGCCGAGCGGAGCCUCAUGGGCAGCUUCCUGCAGCUCGUCGGGGACAAGUGGGGCAAGAGCAGCACCCGGGGCUGGUGUGUCAUCCCCCGGGACGACCCCCUUGUGCUCUACAUCUAUGCGGCCCCCCAGGACAUGCGGGCUCACACCUCCAUCCCCCUGCUGGGCUACCAGGUGACCACGGGGCCCCAGGGGGACCCCCGAGUCUUCCAGCUGCAGCAGUCCGGCCAGCUGUACACCUUCAAGGCCGACACCGAGGAGCUGUGCGGCCGCUGGGCGAAAGCCAUGGAGCGGGCGGCCAGCGGCUGGAGCCCCGGCGACCCCGAGGACGGGGACCUGUCUGACUGAGCCCAGCGGCCGCGCUCCCGCUCAGGCCUGGCUCCUGCCACGGCUGCCCCGUGGCCUCUGACCGCCCCCCCGCGCCGAGCCCGGUCGCUCUCUAGUUACCGGUGCCCAGGCCGUGUGUCCUGAUUGGUGACCGAGCCUCCCGGUUUGCCCAGCGCUGAGGGGGAUCCCGGGACGUGGGCCUUUCAGUGGUAAAGCCGGAAUGUCCGAGGUCACCGGGGCGGCUGGUCACCAGUGUGGUUCUCACCUUGGGCUGCACGUUAGUAUCACCUGGGGUCUUUCACACAGACCCCUAGAAAUAGAAAAAUAAACUAAAAAUUUGAAAUGCCA